AUGGAUGUUGGAGAACUACUUUCAUUUAAGCCCACACCAACACCUAAGAGGCCAAAUGAAGAAGACAGCGGGGACUCUGACGAUGAAGGCCCAAAGGCUUCAAAAAUGCGUCGUAUGGCGCGAAGUAAAUCAGAUAAUGUACGGCUACCACUGAGCAAAAACUUACCAAAAGAGCCAACCAUCACUGAUGAGGAAAGAGAAGACAUAUUGAGAUUUGUCGAGAAUGAAACAACAGAGGGUGAUGUUCUAGAUGAAACUGCAGUUAAGAAACUAGUUUUGAAUUUUGAAAAGAAAACAUUGAGGAACAGAGAAAUGAGAAUUAAGUUUCCAGAUCAACCAGAGAAGUUUAUGGACAGUGAAAUAGAUCUAUAUGAAGCACUACAGGAACUGAGUGCCGUAGCAACUGUGCCUGACCAAUAUCCCUUGCUGGUGGACCUGAAGUGCAUCAACUCAUUGUUGGAGCUACUGUCACAUGACAACACGGAUGUAUCUACUAAAGUAGUGCAUUUGUUGCAGGAACUGACAGAUGAUGACAUUCUCCAAGAAAGUGAGGAGGGUGCGGAGGCUCUGAUGAGUGCGUUGACUGAAGCGGAGGCACCAUCGCUAUUGUUACACAAUCUAUCGCGCCUCGAUGAACAAGUGCCAGAUGAAAGAGAUGCGGUACAUGAUACACUAGGCAUCAUAGAAAAUCUGAUUGAAUUCAGAACUGAAAUGUGCGCAGAAGUGGCUAAACAGGGUUUUUUGCAGUGGAUACUUAAAAGACUGAAGUUGAAAGUGCCUUUUGACGCCAACAAAUUGUAUGCAACAGAAAUUCUAUCAAUCCUUCUACAAAACACACCAGAGAAUAGGAAGCUGUUGGGAGAACUUGAUGGCAUUGAUGUUCUAUUGCAGCAGUUGGCGUUCUACAAACGUAACGACCCUGCUGGCGCCGAGGAACAAGAGGCGAUGGAGAACAUGUUCAACUCAUUAUGUUGCGCGCUUACGGAGCCAUCCAACCGAGACCGCUUCCUACGAGGCGAAGGGCUGCAGCUUAUGAACCUCAUGCUCAGAGAAAAGAAGAUGUCUCGGAAUGGGUCACUUAAAGUGCUCGAUUACGCCCUCGCUGGCCCAGAAGGUCGCGACAAUUGCAAUAAGUUCGUAGACAUAUUAGGCCUUCGUACCGUGUUCCCGCUUUUUAUGAAAACACCGAAACGGAAAAGGAUACUAACAGUUGAUGAACAUGAAGAACAUGUUGUGUCUAUAAUAGCAUCGAUGUUGCGUAAUUGCCAAGGCAGUCAAAGACAGCGUCUGCUUGCGAAGUUUACGGAAAAUGACCUGGAGAAGGUGGACAGACUACUAGAGUUACAUUUCAAGUAUAUGGACAAAGUUGACCGAACAGAAAAAGAGAUGGAGCAAGAGCAAGAAGACCUGAACGAUGAUGCGCAGUACCUAAUGCGGCUCUCUAAUGGACUCUUCACUUUGCAACUCAUUGACAGAAUUAUUUUGGAGGUUUGUACUGCGGGACCGGCCGCCAUAAAGCAACGUGUACAACGUGUGCUGUCCCUACGUGGAGGCUCGCUCAAGAUUAUCCGACACGUCAUGAGAGAAUACGCGGGCAACCUCGGCGACGCCGGCAGCGAGGAGUGGCGCCAACAAGAACAACAACACAUAUUGCAACUUGUAGACAAAUUCUAA